AUGUUCUACAAUGCAACAAAGAGAUUUUCUGGGUCUUUAUUUGUUACUUCAAAUACAUUCUACACGGAAAUUUUUGUCAUUGAAAACAUGAUUGGACAAUUAAUCAAAGACAAUGAUCCUAUUUUAUCUUCAAUGGCAAAGAAAAUGAAAGAGAAGUUUGACAAGUAUUGGGCAAAUGGAGAAAAAAUCAAUCUCCUUUUGUAUGUUGCGAUUGUGCUUAAUCCUCGAAGGAAAAUGACAUACUUGCAAUUUUAUUUUUCAACAAUUUUUGGUGGGGAUGUGGUGAAAGUGAAAGAAAUUAGUGGGAGUAUAUCGGAAUUGGACAAGUAUUUGGGUGAUAUUGAAAAAGGUGGGACAAAUGCUCAAUUUGAUAUCUUGGAGUGGUAG